CAGCAGAUUUCAGCGGCUGGGGAGACACGGUCACUUCGACAAUAAUAUGAAGUAGAAAAACAAGGAAUUUUCCAAAAGUUCUGAACGAAAACGACCAGACUGCUAUUGUUUGGAUACACCUAAAGACCGCAACUGACUAUCACUCUCUCUUCCCCAAAACAACCGAAUCAACAUGGUUCUUGGACUUCUGGUGCGCGGCGGUCUGGUGGCCGGAACCGUCUACUACACACAAAAGGUGGGCAUCUGGGGCGACUCUGCCCAGUCGGACAAGCUGUACAACGAUAUCAAGUCGGAGCUGCGUCCGCAUGUCCAGAAGCUGGAGAAGCAGCUGCCCUUCGACGUGCCCCAGCUGCCCAGAACCGGCGAGAUGCGCUUCCUGGCCAAGCACUACUACAACGAGGGCGUGAAGAACACCUUCCGCUUCAUCCACAUGCUGCCCUGCUACGCGGGCAGGGGCCUCAAGAAGGUCAAGGACACGUUCCAGGACUUUGCCCAAUCCCCAGCCAUCGCCGGCGGUGCGGAGUCCAGUCCGGCGAAGUAACUUAACCCACUGCUCUUCAAUGGCAGGCUGUUUUCAUGUUAGCUCAUAGUUAGCCUAUUGAAUAAUGUCGUUGUAAUGUGUCGUUAUUCCUCGAUCCGCUCGCCAGUGGACAAGCGACUAUAGAUCUGUUCUCGACGUACUGAAACGCAUCGAACUGGAAAGUCCAGUUUAGAAAUAAACAACUCUACGUGGUAGGCGGUAAGAUCGCCCUUAAAA